AAAGUGAAUUGGCAUUUAGUAAACAUCUAAAAUUACUAGAAAAGCUUGGAAAAUUACUAGAAAAAUAUGAAAUUAACUUGCCCUACGAUGCUCCACUAAAAAUGACAAAAUUGGGAUUUAUAUAUUCUAUCUCUAUGGCAAGCCGGAUUCAGUAGAUUUGUUUUCACUGAAGACUUACAUAUUAUUAUUUUAAGUCAAGAAGAGAACAAAAUAAUAUGUCGAGUCUUAGACCUGCAACGUGUUGUGUGCGUGCUUUACGACGGACGGCACGACUUGCAGGGGUGACAGCACAUCGAAUAUCUUCAGGAUACAAUAGUUCUGGAAAUGAGAGGAAACAACGUUUAGAUGUAAAUCGUGUCACCCUAGGAGUGGGCUCAUUGGCCUUGGCUCUACUCGCUGCGGAUCACGUUUUUAACGAAAAAAGGUUUUUCAGAGCAGCCCAAAUAGGAAAUGUCGAAGAGUUAAAAAGGCAAGCGGAAUACCUUAUUGCUAAAGAAAGUCAGCAACCAAAGAAAGAUGACGAGGGAGGCCCGGUGGAUCGCCGUCACCCGCUCGGCUGGACUGCGCUCAUGGUCGCGGCCGCUAACGACAAACCCGACGUCGUCCGCGAACUUAUCAAACUCGGGGCCAAACCUGACCUACAGGAACAGUAUGCGGGUGCGGCGACGGCCGCAUCGGCCGCCGGCAUGCAUCCGCUGGACGCGCUGCAACGACGGGAGGACGAGUUUUGUGGCGGCAUGAACGCGCGCGCCUCCUUCCUGGGCUGGACGGCGCUGCACUACGCGGCGCUGGCCGACUCGCACGACGCCGCCGCGGCGCUGCUGGACGCCGGCGCGGACCCUGCCGCUCGCGACCACGCCGGCCGUCGCCCCCUGCACUACGCGCGGGACGCCUCGCCCACCCGCGACCUCAUCCAGCGAGCCGUGCGCCGACGGGAGGAGGAAGCAGCCGCCGCCGCUGCUGAGGAGCGACGCCGCUUCCCUCUGGAGCGCCGCUUGAAGCAGUACAUAGUGGGACAGCGUGCCGCCAUCCACACCGUCGCCGCCGCCGUGCGCCGCAAGGAGAACGGUUGGGCCGACGACGACCAUCCCCUGGUGUUCCUGUUCCUGGGGAGCUCCGGCAUCGGGAAGACGGAGCUAGCGAAGCAGCUCGCCCGCUACAUGCACAAGGAUGACCCGGCCGCGUUCAUACGUCUCGAUAUGUCCGAGUACCAGGAGAAACACGAGGUGGCGAAACUGAUCGGAGCCCCGCCCGGGUACGUGGGCCACGAGGAGGGCGGCCAGCUCACGCGGGCGCUGGCGCAGCGAGCGGACGCCGUGGUGCUGUUCGACGAGGUGGACAAGGCUCACCCCGACGUCCUCACGGUCCUGCUCCAGCUCUUUGACGAGGGCCGGCUGACGGACGGGAAGGGCAAGUUGAUCGAGUGUAAGGACGCCAUAUUCGUGAUGACGUCGAACCUGGCGGCCGACGAGAUCGCGCAGUACGGGCUGCAGCUGCGCCGCGAGGCCGACGCGCUCGCCGCCACCAGGCGCGGGAAGCGGGAAGGUGAAGAAGAGGAGCAAGAGCCGACGCUAGAGGUGUCGCGGCACUUCAAGGACAACGUGGUGCGGCCCAUCCUCAAGCGGCAGUUCCGGCGCGACGAGUUCCUCGGCCGCAUCAACGAGAUCGUCUACUUCCUGCCGUUCUCUCGCGCCGAGCUGCUGGCGCUGGUGCAGGCCGAGCUGCAGCGCUGGGCGGCGCGCGCGCGCCAGCGGCACGGCAUGCUGCUGCUCUGGGAGGACGACGUGCUGGGAGCCCUGGCCGACGGGUACGAGGUGCACUACGGCGCGCGCUCCAUCCAGCACGAGGUGGAGCGGCGCGUGGUGAGUCAGCUGGCGCUGGCGGCGGAGCGCGGGCUGGUGGCGCGCGGCUGCACGCUGCGCCUGCGCGCGGCGCCCGCCGGCCUGGCGCUGGCGCUGCGCCCCGCCGGCGCCGCUGACUUCCAGCCGCUGCACCUGCCGCCCGCGUGACGCGCCGCCCCCCGCUCCUUCCCCUGCCCCUUCAAUAAAUGACAUUCU